AAGAGGAGGAAAAGGAAGUGGGUGAGGAUGACCCCGGAUGCAAAACGCUUUAUUGUGGCGCCUCGGCGGGACAGUGGGAAACUCAACCUCGGUGGCGGAGGACGGCCUUUCCGCUUCUUCGCGUCGACGCCUCGUAAGGAGAGGAAGGGGCUGGUGGUAGUGGAGAAGGGAAUGACAAAGGGCCACCUUGGGUACUUCUACACCAACUUCAGGCCUCCAGGACUUCAACUCCCACAAUUCCCAACAGUCUAAUUUGUUUGUUUAAGAAUAACAUCUCUGGUUAACAUGGCUGAAGUACUAGAAGGCGGAAAGAGGGAGAGAGAAAAAGUCGAAGAAGCUGACAGUGUGAGUGCUAAACAACCAAUGGCUGAUUCUUCUAUAUUUGAAAAUGAUGAUAAAACUUCAGAUAAAGAAUAUUGUGGUGAAGAUCAAACAGGAGAUGGGAAUGCUACUGGUGACAAAACAAGAAAGAGAAAAUGGACUGAUAAAACUGAGGAGGUUCCUGCAAAGAAAAUGGUUGAUGACACUGUUACCGGGUUUCCAGAGGAUGGAAAGAACUUGACUGAAGAAGCAAAUAGAGCAAAUUUUCCAGAUUCUGAUAUAAAGCCUAUUAGUACUGUGGAAGAUAAUAAAACAAAUAAAGAGUAUUGUGACACAAGUGAAAGAGAAGACCCCAGUGCUUCUGAAAUCAGAAAAGGAGAAAAGAGAAAACGAGAUUCAGAAUCCGAAGAGAAGGCACAUACAGAAGCUGUAGCAGCACACUAUAAUAAGCUUGAAGAAGUUGGAUUGCAGCAACGCAGUAUGAGUCGCAUUUUCUAUCUUCGAAAUUUUAACAACUGGAUAAAGAGUGUACUCAUUGGUGAGUUCCUUGACAAAGUACGACGGAGGAAGCAAAACAUUACAGUGUUAGAUCUGGGAUGUGGCAAAGGUGGAGACUUACUGAAAUGGAGAAAGGGCCGUAUCAGUAGGCUUGUGUGCACAGAUAUUGCUGCUAUUUCUGUACAACAGUGUGAGCAGCGGUACCAAGAUAUGAGAAACCGUGGUCGUCGUGAUGAGCGAAUUUUCAGUGCAGAAUUUAUAACUGCUGACAGCACAAAGGAACUUCUGUCCCAAAAGUACAAAAAUCAGGACAUGUACUUUGACAUCUGCAGUUGUCAGUUUGUGUACCAUUAUUCAUUUGAGACCUAUGAGCAAGCUGAUAUGAUGCUCCAAAAUGCUUGUGAACGACUGUGUCCUGGUGGAUAUUUUAUUGGUACUACUCCAGAUAGCUAUGAACUUGUAAAGCGUCUUGAAGCUUCACAAACAGACUCAUUUGGGAAUGAAAUAUACACAGUCAAGUUUGAGAAGAAGGGACAGUAUGACAUGUUUGGCUGCAAAUAUGAUUUUAACUUGGAAGGUGUGGUUAAUGUCCCAGAAUUUCUAGUAUAUUUUCCACUGCUGGAAGAAAUGGCGAAGAAAUAUGGUAUGAAACUAAUCUACAAAAAGACUUUUCAGGAGUUUUAUGAAGAAAAGAUUAAGAACGGGGAACAUAAAUUGCUUCUGCAACAAAUGCAAGGAAUGGAGAAAUAUCCUGCUGAUGAAAAUUCCACUUUAGCUUCAGAUAAAAAAGAAGACUAUGAGCAUGCAGAAGUGCUCAGGAAAGAUAAAGAAGUAAAGCUACCUCUUGGAACUAUGAGCACAUCUGAAUGGGAAGCAACAAGUAUCUACCUGAUAUUUGCAUUUGAAAAGCAACAAUAGAAGAAUAAAACAGAAAUGCAGUAAAUGUGCUUGAGCAUCCAAAGUGACAGCUAUUUUAUAUUUUUAUGUUUAAGAGUGUGCAGGACACAGCCAAAUUGGGCAAGCGUACAUAGGACUGGUGGUUGCCUGUCUGUGACAGAUGGAAUACUUGUGUGUAUCUAUAUAUAAAUACAUGAAAUAGGAACUGGGCCUUCCUUUGCUUGGGAUCAUUAGGUUCCUACUUUUUGCAAAUAGCAAGCUUUUUGGAAAUACUCAGGGUGUUUACAAACACAUGGUUGCCAUUUGCUGACUGCUUAAAACCUACUUCGUGGCAGCUAUUACUGUAUGAUUAUCCACUUAUAGUAUAGCUUCUAUCCGUGGGUAAUGUAACUGUUGCCAAGGGACUAAGGAUUUUGGUAAUUGCAUUACCAGAGGCUGCAGAUUAGCUAGCUUUGCUUUCUGUCAGGGCUUUCCCAAAGUAAAUUUUGAAGUUGUUACCAUCUGGCCAAUAUUAAUUUGAAAUUUCCCAUCAUGAGAUAAUGCUGAACUGUAUAAAGUUGUAAACAAGGACAUUUGCAAAUGUUGAAACAAAUGAGGUGGCACCAGGGCCUGCUGCAAUCAGUUGGAAAACUGUUGCCCCUCUUUUGGAGCUAUGCAAUCUGUUGUCUCUUUUUUUCCAGAAAAUAUCCCCCUUUCAAGCAGUUUAAGUAGAUGAAGCAGGCCUUGCAUGUGUGUGAGCUCUGUGUGCCUCAAGAUGCCAGGCUUCAUUCCUCAUUCAUUGUCUUGAGCUUUUUAAAAUCUCUGUUUUAUAGUCCAGUACUUUAAGUGUUAAAUAAUUAUAGUCGGUAAGUGUGGUGGGAGCAUAUUUGGAAGACUACUAAUUUACUAUUUGUGUUUGGUUUGUAAUGUCUUUUCAUAUUUCAUGAUCAAGAUUAAAUGGAUUUCUGUUUUGUAUUACUGGUGUGCCGAAGAAGUUGCUUGUUUAGCUACCUGCAUAUUCAUUUAGAAUACUCCACAAGGUAUGGGAUGUAGCAAACAACAGGAUGACAUUAAUUUUGCUCGAUUGAAUGUAGCAUUACUUUAGGAGCCAUUUCAUUGGCAACAAUAUUUGAACAGGAGUUAUUCAAUGAGGGAUUAAAGUUUGUGGAUCAGGACUGCUUUGCACAUAGAUUUUCCAUUUGGGGAAGUUACUUGACAUACAGCGGUACAUUAUGCAUUGGUACAUGGUGAACAUACGGGUUUUAUUUUGCUGUGAACAUACAGGAAAUACAUGAUUGUAUAUGUGUAUUUGUUGCAUGUGAUAUUGUUUGUUCUUAUAGGUGUGAGAGUCAGGUAAAAAAUGUUAAUAGAUAUGUGGUGUUUGUGACCAUACCACAUGGGGGUGCUGAGAGAAGCCUAUGAUUAAAGCCUACUCUGUAAAAUAAUCUUGCUACGCAUAAGAAGCUGCCAAAGAGAAGGAUUUAGCUUAGUCCCCAGCUUACUUGUUUGUUCUGCAUAGAGAGAACUUUGUUGUAAGAGGCUUUAACUGAAUGAUUGGCAUCCUGCAGCCUGAAGUAGCGAUUCAGUCAAGGAAUGGUUUUACCAUCUUGUGUGCAAGAACUUUCUCACCCUCUCUCUGGAUACUCUUGGGAAUUGUAAGCACAGCCUGUAUUUACAAGCUAUGAGGAUUUUAAAAUGUUGCAAUGUCUUUGGGGUUACUUCAGUCUGUUGAAAACCCACACUUUGUGCAUGCCUGCCUUUAAAUGAGACAUUUCAGUAUGUUUCUUCAGGAAUCCUCAAUUCUUGAUGGCCACCCCAUUCACCUGCCUUCAUAGCUUUGCCACUUGUAACAGUUUCCUGGUAUCAAAUGCCCUGAUAAGUCAACUCCAUCUGGCAAUAAAGUGAAGUAUAUGUGUUCAUGAGUCAGUGUUAUAUAUAAAAGUGUGUACGGAUAUAUCUUAUAUGUUACUAAUUUUGAAUUAGGAUUUUCUGUUAAAGUUUAGACUUUCUGUUUUCAGCUGCAAACUUUUUCCUUAUAUCAGGAAAAUGCGUCCAAUUAUCUUACUGUGACUUGUUCAUAGUAAGAACAGCAAGGGGGCACAUGAAAUUGAGACUAGACCAUCUAUUGAAAUGUGGAUGGCCUUACACAUUUUGAGCUGAGAAAAUGACCCUCUGGCAUGCCAGAUCCUAAUGUGAUGAUUUGCUGUUUCAUAAUUAUACUUCACGUGAAGUUUGAAUUCAAUCCCAGUGUGUCUGUGAAAUUUACUAGGUAAUGUUAAGGUGGGUUUUUCUAUCUCACUUUAACCUGUGAGUAUUCCAUAUCACCAGGUAGAAUACACAUUAAUAAUUUAACUGAUGCACAUUUAACAUAACAAGUGUGUGUGUGUGUGUGUAUGUCCUAUAGUUUUAAUUCUGAAAUGUUUUCUGGGUGGUUUGUUCUUUAAAAUUGUUCUCACUCUCUUGCAUCCCAUCAAUUUCCAGCAGUGUAAGUGCAAGUUAUGUCAUGUCUAAUGAAGUUCUCGGAAAGCUGGCAAUGAUGGCAGAACCUGCAUUUUUCACACACUGUUAUUAGAUUUUUGAAAAUAAUGGAUGGCCUAAGACAACAGUUCUCAUUUAUGUUCUUCUGUUGUAUAACUGGAUUCAUAACUAGUAAAGUAAAAUAAAUAAUUGCUGCCGUUAGAGGUAAACAUUUGAAAACUGGAUAUUUGUCCUGCUAACCUGGAGUGCUGGUUUCAAAAUAAAGCAGAUAGUACUA